CCGGCCUCGCCGCUUCUCCAUCCGAAAGCCAAAGCAAAAGUCACAAGUCAAGAGCGAGUUCUAGCUAGCCUGCCGAUCUCUGUUCUUUAGCCUAGUUCGAAAGCCUUUAGUCUCGUCGAUCAUGGAGGAUGAGAGGAACACCCAGUACCAGCAGGGCGGUGAGGCCCAGGAGAAGGCCGCUGAUCAGGUGGAGGUGAAGGAGAGGGGACUCUUCGACACCCUUCUCGGCAGGAAGAAGUCCGAGGACCAGGAGAAGAAGCAGGAGGAGCUGGUGACCGGCAUGGAGAAGGUCACGCUGGCCGAGCCUGAGAAGGCCGAGGCCAAGAAGGAGGAGCACGAGGGCGGAGAGAAGAAGGAGAGCCUCCUCGCCAAGCUGCACCGCACCAGCUCUAGCUCUAGCUCGUCGAGCGACGAGGAAGAGGAGGUGAUCGACGAGAACGGUGAGGUGGUCAAGAGGAAGAAGAAGAAGGGCCUCAAGGAGAACAUCAAGGAGAAGCUUCCCGGUCACAAGGACCAUGACGAGGAGGGCCAGCACAGGACGGCCGUACCGGCCCCGGCACCCGCGCCCGUGGAAACUCACGUUUACAAGGAGGAGGACGACCACAAGGCGUACAUACCGGCCCCGGCGCCCGCGCCAACGACGACGCACGUUCACAACAAUGACAACGCCGUCGUCGUCCAGAAGGUCGAGGACGACGUGAAGACAGAGGAUGAAAAGAAAGGUCUCUUGGACAAGAUCAAGGAGAAGCUGCCCUACUGCCACAAGAAGCCGGAAGAUGCUGCCGCAGCCCCGGCUGCUCCUGCUCAUGCGCCGCACACUGAGGACGUGAGCAGCCCGGACGCCAAGGAGAAGGGCUUACUGGGCAAGAUCAUGGACAAGAUACCUGGCUACAACAAGGGCGCAGCAGAGGAAGAUCACAAGGCCGCCUCUGCAGGCGAGCACAAGACCAGCUCUUAAGAUCGCCACGUGUCCUGACCGGGCCUUGAUUAGUAGAGUCUGGUGUGUGUUUGGUUCUGCUUUGCUUUAGUAAGUCUGUGUCAAGAUGGAUUGCACGGUCAAGGUCUGGUACGUGUGUGAAGAAACCGGCCAGUGAGGGAUGCUGUUUGUGUUUGCCUGGUACGGGAUUUAGUUUGGUUCCAAGUCAGGUUCAGGGUGUUGGGUUUGUUAAAUCAUGAGCAGUUGCGUAUUGUUAUUUAGCUGGGCUACCUAGGCAUUAUGCCUCGAUAUUACCACUGGUUUCUGCCCAGCAUAUAUUGUCUCAUUGUUAUCCUUGUGAAUUAUCAUUUGAAAUGUUAUCAUAUUUCGUUCA